AUGAUCGAGAUCGAUGGCCAAGAAUGGCCCACAAUCAAUCUGGCAGAGAUUCGCAAUUCCGAUCCAAAGAUCCUUAUCAAGGAAUAUAAUUCACAUUCAAAAAUCCGAAUCAACAAGAAUAAGCUAACCGCCAAUCGAAUCCAUGAAAAAGUCGGUCUCUCCCUUAUGCAUCUAGACAAUUCAAAGGAAUGGCAAGAGUACACACUCGAUGACUUUACAUUCUAUUCCUCAAACGUAGACAGACCUCAUUCACUCAACAGCAUGUUGGCAAGAAUGAGAUUUAAAGGAACCAUCACUGACAGCAUAGGAAGAUCGGUGAAAGUGCACAGCGGAGAAGUGACGACUAGAAGCCUGACUGGAAUGACAGAUGAUUCAAAAGAUCUAAAGGUCUGGUUAAGAAGUUCUACUUUAAAAGAUGAGAUUUACUAUCUUCUCAAGAAACCCAGCCAAGCAUAUAAACCGCUUUUUGAAGAUUUUUUAUGGAGUGUACGCCUUUCAAAGAUAAUUUUGAGCUUCCUCAAGUCUCAUCCGAAUGCAACCCUGGAAGAUACAAAAUACGAAGGAAUAUUAAACGAACACGUCUACAAAGAAUAUCCUGAAGAACCCUGGGCAAAAUGGAAUUUGUUCCCUCAUAUCAUCGAAAACGCGUUGAACAUCAUCGACCAUAUAUUUUAUUUGUGUGAGGAUAUUCCUGAUGAAAUAAUCUCCCAUCAAUUUUGGAACAACAGCCUUUUUGAAAAGAUACAGAAUAAGCUUAGUGGAAAUCCUAUUAAACCGCCACUUUAUAAAGAUGAAUUGACAGCUGUCACCCCUGAAGCACACACGUUCUAUUCACCAAUUUUCAACAAUUUUUUGAAACUAGUUAAACAUAAAGAUUCUCCAAAGGUCAAUAUAAAAGAAUUACCAGCUGCUUCAGCUGUAGUCAUAAAAGACAUUUUUAGGGAGCAAAAGAUGCAAAAUAAAUAUAGAGUACUUGAUUCCAAUCUCUGGUGCCUAGAAGAUCCACUUGGAUUUCGAAAUGGCUGCGCUAAAUUUAACAAAGUAUUGGUUGACACCGAAUUUAUCCAUGUUGGCGAUUGUGUCCAAUUAAGAAACGAUAAUAACGAAAUCUGGAUAGCUCGAGUUACUUCUAUCUUUUAUACCAAUCCAAAAAAUCCCUUGAUUACAAUUCAUUGGCUUUACAAAAGCUGUGACACCUUACUUGAGUCUGUAAGCAACAGAGACGAACAUUUCUCAAAAAAAGAACUUUGGUACACCCAUCAUUGUGAAUGUGAAUCGAGCGAAGAACUAUCUGUUACUGCAAUUUAUCGCAAGGUCAAUGUUAAAUUCAAUAGUAACUGGUGUCCAGACAAACUACAUCAUUACUUUUGCCAAAGCUUCUACUCUCAUUUGAACGCUUGGUUCGAAGGUCUCAAACCAACCCAUCUCAAAGUUUCAGAUCAAUGCCAGUGCCAGCCUCUGUCUUUUGAAGAUUCUUUGGCCGAAUUCAAAAAGCGUGCAGUCGGAGAUCUUGUUUAUCUCAAUCACCUCCACCCUACCUUGUUAACCUUGCACGAAAUAGUAUCACUCACAGAUGCUGCGGUCGAACUUCGCCCUCUGCUUUUAAUUGAUCAACUUCCAAAGGAACACAUCUCCUCAUGCUUACCUCACAACGGUCGUCAGUUAUACAACGAGGUCGUGUAUUCCAAAAAGACCGUGAAUUACUCAAUUGCCGAACUUGUCCAAGGCGCACAUCUCGAAUACAUCGAUACAGCUCACCUGGAAUUCUACGACCCAUAUACUCCGUUGCCCAACAACCUGGCCCACAAUGGAGCAGGACAUCAUUAUUAUUUCAACAAAGUAUUUGACCCCAAAGUAAACAUUCUGUCUCCUUUGACUGCUUCGGACGAAUUCGGUGCAAAGUAUCCUCCCUGGAAACCAAGCGCCAAAAAACUGGCAACACUCGAUCUAUUCUGUGGAGGUGGAAGUUUCGGUCAUGGUUUAGAAGAUGCUGGUGUCGCCGAAUGCAAAUGGGCAGUUGAUGUAUGUGAUCCAGCAUUAGACACAUACUCAAUAAAUACAAAAGGAUCCCAUACUGUUUAUUAUGAGAGUGUCAACAAACUCUUGAAAGAGACCAUCAAUAACAACCCUCGACCCAACUGGCCUAUAACAGGUGAAGUAGAUUUCAUAAUUGCUGGAAAUCCCUGCCAAGGAUUUAGUCGAAUGAACCAUCAUAAUCAAGACCCUUCAUCUAUCAAGAAAAGUGCCUUGCUGGCUAGUGUGGCAUCAUAUAUAGAACACUAUCGUCCUCGUUUUUUUCUAAUCGAGAAUGUAGCAAACCUGACCCGAUUCCAAUACCAACAUGAGAAAGGUUCAAAAGGACUCUUUCCUUUCAAUCAAACGAUCGGGUUAUUCGUUAAAUUAGGUUACCAAGUUCGUUGGGGUGUCAUUGACGCAGCUUCCCACGGCUUACCACAGGCUAGAAACCGUGUCUUCAUUUGGGGUGCUGCUUCUGGUGAAAAUUUACCACAAUUUCCUAUGGCUUCGCACGUCAAACUCAAAAAAGGUCUAUGGGGAAAGGGAGUUUCUCUUCCUAGCGGUUUGAGGUCAGACAGUGUGAUUCAGGACAAUAAGACUGCAUUUCAAAAAAUGACAAUUAAGCGGGCAAUUGAGGAUCUUCCCAGUAUUCCUAGAAAGAGAAAGUUUCCCUCAGAGUGGGCUGACCAUGAAACAUUGUCUGUUGGCAAAGAUAUACAAGAUAUAAUUAACAUAAUUCCCGUAGACCCUGUAGGGCUUGGGUUACUGGAGAUUUUGAAGUUAUAUCCAAAACAUCCUAGUCUGAAUUCGACUUAUGUCGAUAGAUUAAAGAAGAUAAAGAAAAAAAACCCAGGAAACAAAUUUCGUGACUUGAAGCGUGUCAAUCCAGACAAUGUUAUAGCUACCGUCACUACCUCCCCUUCUUUUAGAGGCGUUCAGUCUGUGCCAGCUAUUCACUACUCUGAGGCCCGACUAUUGAGUUUACGUGAAUAUGCACGAGCGCAAGGGUUUCUUGAUACCGAUGUUAUAAUUGGACCCCUGCGUAACAAACAUCGUAUUGUCGGAAAUGCUGUGGCACGUCCUGUAGCAUUCGCUCUUGGGCUAAAUGUCAAAGUCUAAACUUGCAAAUACGUGUUUGUUUUUGUGUGUGUCUGUGUUUAUUCUUGUUGCAUGUGCGUGUAUGUAUGCGUGUACAUGUACGUACUUCUAUAUUUAUUCUUCUAGCUACC